AUGCGAGCAUCCACGAUACGAAACGAAUCAACUAAUCGAACAGAAGCUUCACAAAGCGAAAUCGUGUACAUUUCUAAUCUGCCCAUAGACAUCGAUGAUAAUAUAAAACUGGAAAAUAGAAUUCGUCAUCGGAUCGAAAAAUCUCUAAAACUGAAAUUGCGAGAUAUAAAGUGUUAUACGAAAUUGGGUGUUGGUUUUAUUUGUGUUGACAAUAGGGAAAUAAAAUAUGAAUUAAUUAAUGAUAUUGGAAACAUUGUUCUAGAUCCUGGUAUUGGGAAAAUUGUGAUUUCAUUUGUUGAGGAGCUUGAAUUGACUUCGUACAUUGUAUUAAAAGUGAUUGAAGGCAAGCAAGAUACUUUACCGACAGUAAAUGAAGUGAGCGAUCGUUGCAUCAAUAUAUUCAAACUUGAAAAGUCACUUUUGUGUGAAAAAUUGAAUAUUCAAUUUCCCAACAUUUAUAAAAUUGUGUUUACAUCAUUAGAUGAAAUAAUAAGAGCCAUGCAUAGCCCAGACCUUGCGAUCAAUGGUCGAUUCGCUCAAAUCUAUUUUUGUGCAGAUUGUAGUUAUUUUGAAGAUGUACCACGAUUCGUAACUGAAGCUAAAUUGCAAACAGCUAUUGAACAAGAAAUUCGACAACUAAAUGCUUCUCUGUCAUGUAUUUGGGUACAAUUAAACAAACAAACGAAUAAUGCUUGCAUACUUUUGACGGGUGUAGCACGACAUUGGUCAACCGUAAGCUACUUACCUAUUAAUGAUAGAGUAUUAUUAAAAAAGACAAAGCUUACGUGUCGUCUUCGUAUAUAUCCUGUUCCUCAGUCAUUUGCCGUUAAGAAGAUCACAGAAUAUGAAGAAUUUUCCGGUAAACUGAAUAGUUAUACGCACAAUGGUGAGAAUCUUAUUCUUGAAGUAUCAGACAAAACUGUUUUUGAUAAAUAUGUGUCACUUGAGGCAUUGCGUGUCAACAAUGAUAAUUGCUUUCAUGUCGAAGCUUAUAACGCACAAAUUAAUCCAGACGAAUGUGAAAUCGAUGAGGACACAUGGUAUGACACUGAAAUGUCACGAUACAAACCGGAUAUAAUGCAAUUUGUUAAAAAGCCUGAGCAUGAAAUUUUUCGAUAUAAGUGGAAUUCAAAAAUAUGGCUUAAGAAAUUUAGUCAAACAGCGUUACAGAAAAAUGGUACCAAGAAUGCACGCGAUCGAAGAGAUACACCAAGCGAUCAAACUCGUCAUCGACUACGAGUUACAGUUAUGCUGAGUACACUUGCAGCUGUACACAAGAAAAGUUAUGCUAUUGGUGGUGAGCAAAUAGUUGAACUGAAAAUAGACAAUAAAAUGAAAACAAUUAUCUAUGAUCAUCGAUCAAAAUUGGAACAAGUAGGAAAAUUAACGGUCCGAGAAGGACUAUAUGCCAAUACACGUAUCGAUGUAGCCAAAGAAGAUUGUCUAGUUGUAUACGAGAAUCUGGUUAAACGUGGUUAUAAUCCACUUCUUCUCAACAUGGCUAAUGCAACGAAUCCUGGUGGUGGAUAUCGAAAGGGUGAUGGAGCUCAAGAAGAAAAUAUUUUUCGUCGAUCCGACUAUUUUCGAAGUCUUGAUGUUGGUCUCGAUCAGUGGCUUCCAGAAAGGAGCGAACGUUUUUAUUGUUCAUCGAGUUGUCAAAUCGAUCCUCUUUCUGAUCACAAUAGUAUGUAUCCGAUGCAUGAAUUUGGCGCUAUCUAUACAUCACGUUUGACCGUUUUCCGUCAGUCUGAAGAUACAGGUUAUAAUUAUAUGAAAAAGCCGCUCGAAGGUGUAUGUUCGUUGGCUAUGGCUGCUUAUCGAGAUCCGAAAUUGGAUGGAAACAUGUUAACAUCAAAAUAUGCUGUGGGAACACGGAAAAAAAUUGAAAAUAUAUUUGCUAUUGCGCAUCAUCAAAAACAUGAUAGUCUUGUUCUUUCUGCUUUUGGAUGUGGUGCAUUCAAGAAUCCGCCCGGCCACAUUGCGCAACUUUUCAUUUCUGUCAUUGAACAGUAUGCUGGUUUUUUUAAAUUAAUUUCAUUUGCUAUCAUUGAUGAUCAUAAUGCUGGUCAUCAUUUGAAUCCCGAAGGUAAUUUUAAGCCAUUCAAAGAUGCACUCGAUGGGAUGGUGGUACCACGAAUGCCUCCAAUAAAUAAACCACAUAGCAUGUUUGGACCUUAUCGAAUUUUGUCUCAUGAUUGGUCCAUAAAUAAUGUUUGCAUUUACGACAAGAUGCCAUGCAAUUUUGGAGCCAAGUGCAAUGAUAUUUACGAUCUUACACAUGCACAAGAGUUCUCUCAUCCACCUAUUUGUCCACAUGCAGCUAUGAAGGUCAGUUGUCAUCUAACGAAAGACUCCGUUCAUAUGCACUCAUUUAUUCAUCGAAUUCGAUGUCAAUAUGGUGGCGAAUGUCGACAUAUAGACGAUGAAAAACAUAAUCAAGAAUAUGAACAUCCAUUAUAUUGUCCAUCGGGAGGUGACUGCCGUAAUGUGAAAUCAGAACAUUUAAAAGAUUUUCGUCAUUUACCUUUAUGUCCCAAUGGCCAUAAGUGUUUCGAAUAUCAAAAACAUGUAUCAGUUCAUUGCCAAAAAUAUCGUCACUGUACAAUCGACUGUCCACAUGGAAAUCAUUGUGCUUAUUUUCAUGACAAAGAACAUCAAGAUAAAUUUGAGCAUCCAUUUGCGAAACCAUGCCCGUUUACUCCAUUUCACUGCAAAGCAUACAUGGAAUUAACACACACUAAAGAUCGUCAAAAGCUCUCACACGAUAUUCAACAACAUUGCCUGGAUUUAGCUCAUGUAUGCCGGCAAGGUCGGAAUUGUAAUGAUAAAACUACCCUUCAUCUAGAAAAAUCUAUUCAUGUUGCUCGAUGCUUGUGUCCAGCUGGUGACAAAUGUAAAAAAGUUAACAAUGAAGAUCAUCUUAAUGCAUAUACACAUCCUCAUAUUCCUGAUAUAAGAGAACUAUGUGAAUAUGCAGAUCAAUGUUUCGAUCGUGGCAAACUUGAACAUAUAAUAAAAUUUCGACAUGCAUCAAAGUUUGAACAUAGUGGUAUUUUAAGUUAUUUUAAUUUGAAUGCGGGUAUUAAUUUUGUUCAAAAUCAAAAAAGGAUCAUCGAGAAUGUUACUGCUUAUAUUCAAAGUAAAAAAUGGAAACCAUUACCAUCAGGAAAUAUUCCACGUGAAAUUAUCGAUUGGCUACGGUUUGUUAAGCCUGUUCAUCGAUGUAAUCCAAUCAUAUUUGAAUCAAUUCUUCUUCAUGGACAUGUCAUGAGUCGAAAAUAUAUGCAGCACUUGAAAAACCCGAUAUUUGUUGCCAACUCUGUUUUACAACAUAGUCGAAUAAAACGUAUUCGCGGCUUACAGGAAAGAGUAAUGGCUGAUCUUGCUAGAGAAUUCGUCAUUGCUUUGGUACGAGAGCAGUUUGAGAAAAAAAACUUUUCCCCUUUAAUAACAACUGCCCCGAUUUUAGGUGAUUUAUUAUACCCAACAGCGGCUCAUGUUGAUUCAAUGGCCUAUAAAAAGACUGCUAAAGAUCUGGAAGCUUAUUUUUCGUCUGUAAUAAAUUCGAACGAUUUAGAUGCAAUACGCAACAAAGCAGUUGAAAUCGCGGAUGCCUCCAUAAAUCUUCAUAUGAACCCAUCUGGUAUUGGUUUUGAUAAAGAUCAUGAUCUCGGAACAGAUAAAACAGUUUUCAGUAUUAUUGGACCACAUUUGGGACAUUACUAUGGUGAUGUAUUCAUUGUUUUCAAGCGUUCAAUUCUACAUCAUCCAGAUGCUAACUUUUCAAUUCAAGCAGCAACAGCAUAUAUCAGUGGACAUGCCUUUCAAAUGCGUCCAUGGUUAGGCAAGGAUUCAGGUUUACGUGAUGAAAACCUAAAACUGUAUCACGGUACAAAAUUAAAUGCUUCUGUACCAGGCUACGAUUAUGCGACUGCUCUUGAAUUGAUGGCUCUUACAAGUCAUUAUUACAAACUAAAAUCAAUGGAUGUUACUCUCAAUCGAAUUCUAGAACGUUGGGUCAAUGUUGACUCGCAUAUAAAUAUUGAAGGUCAUUUACCUCAGCUUAUUCCAUUAAGUUAUAUUGAUCAUAUUUUCAUUCCAAAAAAUUUGUACGAAUCACUUAGUGCUGCUUCACAUAGAGCAAUUAAUUCUAACUUCAAAAAUCGUAUUACUAUUAUACCACACGAUGGAGAAGCCAAUCAACCCGGUGGGCCACGUGGUCCGAAGCCUCCAACAAAAUCUCGAGCAGAUUAUCAGGAGACUGUUAUUAGACAAUUGACAAAACAGUAUAGUGAAUAUUUGAAAAAUCCACCAUCAAGAUCAGUGGAAGGUGCUGCUAUCACUAUAGCAUCUACUGACUUCACUGACUAUUAUUUAUUGCCUCUCACCAUUUCUCAAGCAUAUGAUCAAUAUUGCUUUGCUAAGAAGCAUCCACCUCCGGAUCAAAUAACUUACAUUUAUUGGCAAGUCAGCAAUGGAGAUAUGAUGUUGACCUUGUCAAAUCAAAUAAUAGAACCUGGUCAGAAACAACCACGUCUUCGUUGUUUGACUUGUUACAUAGCUCCGAAGCCCUUAUCAAGUAUUUCUUCAUAUCAUGAGCAAUAUUCAUAUUUGGAUAACAAUCCACCGUUUAAGCAUCAUAUUUUGAAGGAGCAAGGAAAAUUUGCUGCUAAAUCAGAUAGAUUCCAUGUUGGCUGUAACACAGAUGAUUUUAUGACGUUUUGUCUUGAAAUUCAACGUUCGAAUGGUCGAGUAACACUCAUGCAUGCCGGUCCAAAUGGAGUUUACAAUCAUGAAAAAAUCUCGCAUACUUUCAAGAAAGCAGAACUCGAUUUAACACGAUUGAAUUAUGUUUAUGUGAGUGCCGGUUCUCGCACCGUACCUGUUCGAAACUUGAUGAUCUACUUUGAGAAACAAACUGAUUUACAUCCAACAUUCGACAAAAAUUUUAAGAAAGUGUCAGCCACUCCACGAGAGCAUUUUCCUCGUGAUAAAAAACCUCAUGACAGCAGCAGUAAUGACUACAAAGCAUCAACACCUAAGACACAUAAUAAUGAUGACGAUGAUGAUAAUAAUGGAAAGAAAACUCCAGGAGUUUUACAUCAAAUUAAGGAUUUCUUUUUUGGUGAUGAUCAUAGUUCUACAUUGAUACCUUGUCGCGAUAAUGUCAACUGUCUUUUUCAAUUCUCUGUACAUGGUGCAUCUGAUCAUAACGCCAAAUAUUCACAUCCAUGUCGCUAUUCUGAACUGUGCCGAAAUAAAGAGUCUAACUUUACACAUGAAUUUCAUCAAGUAUCCAAGUGCAAAUAUGACAAGAGCUGUAAUAAAUUAGAUGAUCCAUUUCAUCGAGCUGAAUAUCGUCAUACCGAGUUACCCGAUUUUCUUGUUCCAUGUCGUGAUCAAUGCGCUUGUGUCAACAACACGAACAAACAUCGAAUUAAAUAUUCACACGGUGAAAAAGUCUAUCGGACAAAAACGACGCCAGAAAAGGAACGAGCAAGUUCAGCACCUAAACGUGAACAUGGCAGUAAUGCACUAUCACGUUGUCAAUGGGGCUCGAAAUGUUGGAACAUUGGUGACCGCAAACAUUGUGAACAGUUUGCUCACUCAACUCCUGGUCAUAGCGAAGAUAAUAUACGGCAAGCUAGUCAGCAACAUAAAAAUCCAUGCAGAUAUGGUGCCAAAUGUUAUAGUACGAGUAGCAACCAUCGAGCAGAAUACUCACAUCCUCCAAGUGAAAAGGACGACAAUCCAAUAAAAUAUUCGCGUAAACCAUGUAGAUAUGGCGAAUCAUGUUCAUUAAUUAGUGAUACAAGCCAUCGAGCAAAAUAUUCUCAUUAA